CUUCUGUCCCUCAGAAAAUAUAUGCAGCAUUUCAGACGCAUGCAGGAGGAAGGAAAUGCAAUGUGCAAGCUAGCAUUGACGGCGUAAUGCCUUUCACGAGGGCACAUUCCAAAGGACUGCUGAGAGCCCCAAGGCGCCAGGAAUACUCACAUCAUCCAAGGCCAGCUCCGUUCAAGUAUAACAAACACAGCAUCUGACCACCUGAACAUCCCAGACCCUUUGAGAAGCAGCUACACCCCACUGCUGAAACCCCACUUCUCUCACUUUCUGGCUUUGUUCAUUCUGACCCUCCCCCCAGCCCCCCCACCCCACUCAAACAGGCAUGGCUUCUCAACCCCCUUCCCACGAGCGCACCCUCUCCCAGCCGCUCCUAGGCCCCCACCUUAGUCGAGACUCCUCGCUCACUGGUCCCCAAAGCAUCCCAGGCCGCUCGGCGCGCAGAAAGUACCGCUGCUGGCCCUCCUCCGCGGGUCUUGACCCCGCUGACAUCAGCGAAUCAGAGGAGGAACCAAAAACCCCAAAUGGCCGUGUGGUUACUCCCCAGAUCGACGAAGAGACAGGCCACCUCGCAUCCACCCAAUCACUGCAUCGGAGCUACCGGAGACUUGACCAGCGGGUUACGGCGGGGUUAGCCGCGUGGUUUACGCAACUCGUCCAGUUUCCAAUAACCGCGUAUUUGAGAGUCAAGGGGGAUCCCUCGACUGCGAUUCUCGCGUGCAAGGUCGGCGUCAGCUGCUGCCUCAUGUCGGUCCUCGUCAUGUUUGAAGAGGAUUACCCCGAGAUCAAGGGCCUCGCUCUCUGGGCUGUAAUCACUAUUGCGCUCGUCUACGAGGCCAAUAUAGGUGCGUCGCUAUCCAAGGGACUAAACCGCGUCACGGGGACGUUUUUGGCGGGGGCUCUCGCGGUGUUUGUGAACCACGUGGGGCCGCUGAUGGGGCCCUUCCACUUCUACUUCGUACUUUUGAGCAUCUUUGUCGUGACGUGGGUGCCGGUGUUUCUGCGCUUCGGGUCGUCGCUCAAGGAGCAUUGGAAUUACGCGCUAUCCAUGGCCACGAUCACAGCGCACCUGCUCAUCCUGAGCGGCUACAAGAAACAAGAGAAGCUCAAGAUGCCCGUCGCGCGCUUUCUAAUGAUCGUCCUGGGUUUUCUGGUGGCCGCGUUUGUUAACUUGCUGGUUAAGCCCAAGUACGCCGGAAACACUCUGCACAAGCUGGUGACGAAGAACUUCAAAACUGCGGCGGACAUUCUUGAACAGUGCGUGGAGUCGUAUUUGAAGGGCACGGAGCUGGAGCCGGUUCCUGACAUACUGGCGGGCCGCAUGGGUGGCGACGAGGUGCACCGAAUGUAUGACGAGAUCGUGAUGUCAGACACCGAGGUCGACAAGCUGAUGAACUUCGUUUCCUGGGAGCCGUGCCACGGCCGCUUCUUCCGCGGCUACCCGUGGGGCCUAUACGGCGACAUCACGGACAAUUUGCGCUACACGGUGUACACCAUCAUCGCGCUCGACGGCUGCCUGCGCGCCGAAAUCCAGGCGCCGCAGGUGCUGCGUGACAUCUUCGCCAACGAGAUGCGCGAGCUCGGGCAAGAGGUGGGCAAAGUCCUGCGCAUUCUGCACCAGAGCCUCAACGAAUUCCGGACGUUCGCCAUAUCGGACAUCCUGCAGCAGGCCGAGGUGUCCGCACUGCUCCUCCAGAUGCGCCUGCACGACAACGCACACCGGCUGCUGAUGGAGCGCGCGAGAACGCCCUCGGUGGACGAGUUCUGGAAGCUCGCGCCCGGGUUGCAGUACCAAGCGGUCGAGGAGCGGACGGAGCGGCACCGUUAUCGCCCGGUUGAACCACCCGGGGCGGCCGGGGAUGGGCCAGGAGUUGAAAACGGCAGCGAUAACGGUACGUCGGAGACCGCGGGAGUGUUACCGGAGGACGGAAGUUUGUCCGAGGACGACCGCCCGGGUUUGCCGAAGCGCCCGGGGGACGAGUCUCCGAACGCGCAGGCGGCUUGGCAGCGGGAGUUCUUCCUGCGGCGGGACAGCCUUGGGCGGAACUGGGACGGAACUCUGGAGCGGAUCGGGGCCAUGUCGCUGGUGAAGUUCUCGUCUCUCCUCAUCGAACUAGUGGCGGGGCUUAAGUUCGUCGUCGAGUCGGUGGAUAUGUUGAGCAAGCAGGCGCGGUUUGAGGGGCCGGAUUUGAGCGGGGAUGAUUGGAAGGAUUCUCAGCCUUCGGAUCUUGGGGAUCAACGGCGGGAAGGGAAGGAGGCGAAAGUGGACAAGGAAAAGGGCCGGCGGCCGACAGGACGCAAUCAUGCGUAA